AUGUGCACUGAUACUCGUGUCCCAAUUAUUCAACAAGAACAAGUACCAGAUGAAACUUCUUGGUAAUUUAUUGUUUUGUAUCUAAAAAUUAGAAUUUUUGCUAUUUUAACUUUGUAAAGAAAGUUUUUGUCGUUUUAGGCUUGUAAAGAAAGUUUUUGCCAUUUUUUUAUCUGUAAAGAAAGUUCUUGCUAAUUUUUUGAUCUGUAAAGUAAGUUCUUGCCAUUUUUUUAUCUGUAAAGAAAGUUCUUGCCAUUUUUUGAUCUGUACAGAAAGUUCUUGCUAUUUUUUAAUUUGUAAAGAAAGUUUUUGCUAUUUUCCGUCUUGUAAAGAAAGUUCUUACCAUUUUUUGAUCUGUAAAGGAAGUUUUUGCCAUUUCAGGAACCUACUGUUAGACUUUGACUGUCUGGACCGACUCAACAACAACAAACCGUGUGAUUCUCCACUUAAUAUUGCUGUAUUUUCGAAUUUCGACAAUUACCAUGAACAUAUCAACGUCAUCUUCAACAUGUCACGCAACACAUCACACGACUUUACAACGUUUACACCGACAGUAACAAAUGAAUUGGUUCAUAUUGUAGUAAACUUCAAGUUAUGGCAUUUGCAACGAAUUCGAUUGACAAAUAACGUCACGGUGAUGUCUGCCCUUCCGAACGAUGACUUUAUGCUGAAGUGGACAAAGUCACGGUACUUGGAAUGUGGGGGUAGUGGAGUUAAAGACAGGUUAGCGCGGGACAGUAAGAGGAUUCUACCAUUGAGUGUUGUCAAAGAUGUUAUGGCACCGUAUAGAGAGUUUUGUGGCAAAUUGAAUAAGACGGUUUAUCUAACUGGUGGAACUUUGUUGGGUAAGUGCUGUUUUUUAAAUACAUUUAGUUUGUUUUACACCAUAUUUAGCUCUUACUCUUGCCCUUGAUCUUGCUCUUGCGCAAGCUCUACCUCUAGUUCUGAUCUUGCUCUUGCGCAAGCUCUACCUCUAGUUCUGAUCUUGCUCUUGCGCAAGCUCUACCUCUAGUUAGCCAUAGUCCUAGCCCUAACACUAGCUGCUGCCCUUUGUUGUCUUACUUUUAUCUUACCUUUGCUCUAGCUUUAUCCUUGCUUUGUUUUAUCUCAUUUUUUUAUUACUUUAGACCUCUUUAUGUCUUUAUACAUUACUUUUUCUACACCAUUGCCUUAUCUUUUCUCAACCCUUCACCUGUUCUUACCUACCUCAUUCUCUACUGUAGCUCUACUCUCGGUUCACCUAAAUUAAUUUUUUACCUUAAGCUUAUAAUAUAAUUUUCUAGGCUGGUACCGUGAAUGCUCAAUAAUCCCCCACACGACUGAUAUUGACUUUGGAAUGCCAAUUGCAGACUAUUCUCCAGAGUUUAUUGAUCAACUUGACAAGGAAUACGAAAUGUAUUGGACGUUGGGUAAUGGAAAAUCUUCAAUGGAGCUUUCGUUUCAUGUUGGCAAUGUCAAAACUGAUGUGUUCUUUAUGUUUGGUCGCAACAAGACUCAUGGAUAUUACUCUGGAAUGAAGAUUCCUAGAAAAAGAGAAUUAAUGUGGAUCUACCCGAAAGUAAAAGAAGUUUGUGCUGGGAAUUUGCUGGGACAUUUGAUGUAUGUUCCCUGUAAUGUUGAGGAUAUGCUCAUUGUAAGUUUGUUAUCGUAUUUUCUUUGUAUCGUAUUUUAAGACUACGGUAGUGGCUAUGACAGAGAGUAUAACUAGGGUUGAGUAAGGCUAAAGGUCAAAGCAGGGGCUAUGUUGGGAAAAGGGGUAGGGCAAUACGAAGGAUACAGUAAUGGAAAGUAAGGAAAAGACUAAGCUUUCAAAUAAGAUAGGGUCUACAAAACGAUUUCUAAGGUUCUAAGGGCUAGAAAGUGGCAAAAGUAGAUAUUAUAGUAGGUUGACUAAGGAUUAGAUUGGUAAUCAGGCAAAAGUAAGGUAAAUUGAAACAUGGGGUAGGAGUUAUAGUAAGACAGAACUGAGUUAAGACGAAACUAGGACUACAGUUGAGCUAAAGCAGUUACAGGUGGCUUUGUAAAAGGGCUAUGCCUUAAUUUGGAUCUGGGUUUUGGGACCACUCGUGUCGGCUUGGCUUUUUUCUAUAUUUGCUUUAUUUCGGCCUGGUUUUUUUAUACCUAAGACUUUAGCUGGGCUCUCUUCCCUCUGGCCAUAUGUGUUGACUCGGCUUUUUUUAACUUUGCUUUGGUUUGGUACAGCCUGUAGGCUUCUUUCAGUUCUAUGUACAUUUUAACGUUUAAGCAGAGGUUGAGUUGAAAGGGCGGAUCUUAAGGGAUAAUAAGUAGUUAGCAAGGGAUAAGAUAUGAAAAGAUACCUGACGAAUUAUGUAAAGAUAAAAUGCUUUUCAGGCAGACUACGGUCCAGAAUGGAUGUUGGAUUUUCCAACACGUAAAUACGUCUAUGACAGAUCGGGAAGUAAUAUUAUCCCUGGUAAAAGGUUCUCGGCUUCUGAGUGGAAAAAAGUUUAUCGACCAAUGAGAGGCUUCAAACGCCAUUAG